CACCCCUCCCACAAAUUUUCUCUCUCUAAUUAUCAACACCACACUGUUUCCUUACGCGAAGAGGACUGUUUAUCCGUACAUCAUUUAUUCCUCCUCAUCUUUGUUCUAUUUGUGCCCAACCCUCCUCACCCAUUUGUUUCCUUCCACACUUAACACACUUGCUUCUACUUCUACUUCUUCCCUCAUGGAGGAAUUAAUCAUAUCUCCUUCUUCAUCUUCCUCUUUGGUCUCUCUUUCCCAAGAAAACCCAACACCAACCCUUCAACAAAAACUUCAAUUUCUCCUCCAAAGCCAACCCGAUUGGUGGGUCUACGCCAUUUUCUGGCAAGCCUCACACGACGACAAUGGCAACCUCUACUUAUCCUUCGGAGAGGGCCAUUUCCAAGGCACCAAAGAAACUUCCCCAAAAUCACUAACCAUUCCCACAAAGAAUAAGUUCCUGAUGAAAACACCCACAAACGAUAACAUCAACGACGCCGAGUGGUUCUACGUCAUGUCGUUGACUCGCAGCUUCGCAGUCAACAACAAUUCUUCUUCAAACUCCACUUCUUGUUCUUCUUCUUCUUCACUCCCUGGCAAGUCUUUUGCUUUAGGCUCGGUUCUCUGGCAAAACAACAGGCACGAGCUUCAAUUCUACAACUGCGAGAGAUCCAACGAAGCGCACGUGCACGGGAUCGAAACGUUAAUUUGCAUCCCGACACAAAACGGGGUCGUCGAAAUGGGAUCCUACGACACCAUCAAACAAAACUGGAACCUCGUACAGCACGUGAAGUCUCUCUUCCAUACCUCUCCAGAUCCGGUUACUAUCCAAAUCCUCGACGACCACACCAUCUCCUUCGCCGACAUCGGCAUCGUUGCCGGAAUCCAAGAAACCAAAAAACGAAAACAAAUUACCCAAACAGCACCCAGCAAAAACGACAACUAUGUCGACUCCGAACACUCUGAUUCGGAUUGUCCCACGUUGCCAACCGCCACCACCCCGACAGCCUCGGAGCCGAAGAAAAGAGGGAGAAAGCCUGUUCUCGGACGCGAGACUCCGAUAAACCACGUGGAGGCAGAACGACAACGAAGGGAGAAACUCAACCAUCGGUUCUAUGCCUUACGAGCUGUUGUUCCGAAUGUUUCGAGGAUGGACAAGGCUUCGUUGUUGUCCGACGCUGUCGCCUACAUCAACGAACUGAAGGCGAAGAUUGAGGACUUGGAGUCGCAGCAGCCGAGAGACAGUAAUAAAAAAAUGAAGACAGAAAUGACUGACACUCUGGAUAACCAGAGUGCCACGACCACAUCAACCGUCGUGGAUCAAAGCGGGUCUGGAUCCAGAUUAGGUCUAGGCCCCCUUGGACUCGAGGUUGAUGUAAGGAUCGUGGGGCCCGAUGCCAUGGUGAGGGUACAAUCAGAAAAUGUGAACCACCCUGGGGCUAGGCUAAUGGGUGCUUUAAGAGACCUAGAGUUUCAGGUUCACCACGCUAGCAUGUCUUGUGUUAAUGAUCUCAUGCUUCAAGAUGUGGUCGUUAAGCUUCCCAAUGGAAUGAGGAGUGAAGAGAGUCUUAAAUCUGCUAUUAUCAUGAGGUUGGAUCAGUGACACUGGUGAGGCUAUUAGCUGUAAUGUCUUGCGUGGUGCUUGAUGACGGUGGGGUUGGGUUGCCUCCAACCUGCAAUUAUGUGAUUGUGUUGCUGAUCAGGGAAUCUACGAAGCCUGUCGUUUAUGUGCACCAGCUCUGUUUUAUAUAUAUUUCUUUAUAUAUUGGAUUUUGAAGUUAAUCAAUAGUUCAAUACCAGGAUUAGAAGAAAAA